UUAUUUAAACCCAUUCAUUCGAUGCCGUUUCAGAUAAAUUAUUUUGCUACAACCGCAUCUUCCUAAUGGCCCCAGUUAACGAGGCUGAUGCUCCGCCACGAACACGGCAGCGGUUACUUUCUUCCUCUUCCAACCCUCCCGGCGACUCACUCCAAGCGCCACCGCUUCCAUCACUUCCGUUUGAUCUCGUGGUGGAAAUCAUGUGCAGGCUCCCUGUGAAGCCGGUGUUGCGAUUCCGCUGCGUUUGUAAGUCGUGGAAAUCACUAAUCUCUGAUCCCAGAUUCGCUAAAAAGCACCUCCGCUGUUCGCCGAAGACGGACUUCACCCGCCAUCACCUCAUCUUACACUACAACACCUCCUCACGCCGCCGCCGCAAAGAUUACGUUCACACGGAUUACCCACUCCUCUCCGUUUUGAACGCCGCCAUGCCUACCCCGACCACGACCACGACCACACAGUUCAAAUUCGAUCAAAACAAUUUACAUUCAAUCGUUGGCUCUUGCGAUGGCAUCAUCUGUAUCGUCGCUGAUUAUGGUAACUCUAUUAUUUUAUGGAAUCCUUCCAUUCGGAGAUUCAAUAUACUGCCGUCGUCUAUGGAAAGUCCACGGCUGUACGGAUUUGGUUAUGAUAAUCUCUCUGACACUUACAAAAUAGUUGCAAUUUCCUGCUAUAGUGAUUACCAAACACAAGUCAAGGUUCAUACAUUGGGUACUCAUUGUUGGAGGAAGAUUCAAGACUUCCUUCCUUCUUGUGAACCUUUCGUUGGAACAACAGGAAUAUUUGUGAGUGACACUCUUAAUUGGUUGUCAUACGAGGAAGGUGCAAAUUGUUUUAUUAUGUCUCUUCAUUUGGGGAAUGAGUGUUAUAGAAAACUUUUGCUUCCUCCUAAUGGAGCUGGACCUGACGGAUUGGGGGUGUUGAGGGAUUGCUUGAGCAUGCUUUCUGGCAAUUACCAGGUGUGUGAUGUUUGGCUUAUGAAGGAGUAUGGAAAUCAACAGUCUUGGACUAAAUUAUUCAGUGUCGCCAAGCAACUAUUCCACCACCAGGUUUUUGAUACACUUCAUAUUUUUGAGGAGGAUCAACUGCUGCUGGUGUGCGGUUCAAAGUUAUAUCUUUACCAUCCCAGAGACAACACUUUGAAAACUCAUCAAAUUCAGAAUAUUACUGGUUGGGUGGUCCCAGGGGUCUAUGUUGAAAGUUUGAUAUCACCUUCUCUUGAUAGAUAUUAGGAUGUAAAAUGGGGAUGGUGGGAACUCAUUUCUUGAGUAUAUUUUUCGUGAUGUCCAUGAGUAGUGGAAGAUGCAACAGGAACAGCAAUGAAGCUGGUACUAGCUGGGGUGACAGAAGUGAAUUAUCUGUUUUUAUAUUGUCAUAUUAAAGCUAUUGUGACUUGGAAAGUAUUGAUUAUAUUUUCAUCCAACUUCUCGUCUUAAUUAUUCGAUAAGAAGUUCCCAAAUCAUAUUUCCUUCAAUAUUAGCUCAGGAUCCUCUUUUGUUUAGAACUAUUAUUAGUUAUCUAGAAAUGACUUUUUGAGUGGGAAUUAUGGAUUGAAAUGACCUGCAUUUUAAGCAGUGCAUUGUAUUGUUAGGGGAUCCAUAAUUACUUUUGACCAGAACUUGCUAAGUGUGUGAUUGGUUUCAUGUCUAAAACACAUUUAGCUAGAAAAUAACGUGCUUUGAAGUGUAAGUCAUAAUUUCUGUGA